AUAAACACACACAAAGUACAUUCAUCAGCGAAGCGGAAUUCACAUUCGAAUUUGUGUCUUUCUGUCGUCAAGGUCACACAUUGGAUUUGGGAAUUUUACUUAUGGAAAAUUCUGGUAAUGUUGGUGAUGGUGGCGUCAGUGAUCGGCCGACGAUUAUGGUUACAAAUGACGAUGGAAUUGACGCACCGGGUCUGCAGGCUCUAGUUCGCGUUCUCGUCUGUACCAAUCGAUACCGUGUCUGGGUCUGUGCCCCCGAUUCGGAAAAGUCAGCUGUCAGUCAUUCCAUUACCUGGCGUCAUGCUCUGUCUGCAAAGCAAACCGAAAUAAGUGGAGCAACAGCCUUUGCUGUUUCUGGAACUCCAGCUGACUGUACUUCGUUGGGUAUCUCCAAGGCAUUAUUUUCUUCUGUGCCUGAUCUGGUAUUAAGUGGCAUAAAUAUGGGGAGCAACUGUGGUUAUCACAUUGUUUACUCGGGGACAGUGGCAGGUGCUCGAGAGGCCUUUUUCUAUGGUUUACCAUCUGUCUCAAUAUCAUAUGAUUGGGUUGGGGGUACGAGCAGUAUCAACAACUUCACACUGGCUGCUGAGGCUUGCUUACCCAUCAUAAAUGCCAUUCUUGUUGAGAUCAAGAAUAAAACAUAUCCUCAGAAAUGUUUUCUGAAUGUAGAUCUACCCACAGAUAUUUUGAAUCAUAAGGGUUAUAAGCUGACCAACCAAGGAAACAGUAUCAUCAAAAUGGGUUGGAAGCAAGUUUCUUCUGAUGCCGCCCAAGGUGGACAUAUGUUAUCCACAAUGACGAUGGAGCCAAAUUCAGUAGCAUCAAAUCCUGAUGCUACAGGUGUUUCACAAGAACACCUUUUAUUCAGGAGAGAGGUCAAGGGAGGCCAGGUGGAAGAUGGUGAAACGGAUUACUGUUAUCUUAAAGAAGGAUUCAUAACUGUCACCCCCCUUGGGGCCUUAAGUCAUGCGGAUAUAGACUCCCAAACAUUUUUCAAAGAAUGGUUACCAGCAGUGGCUGAGCGGACUUCUUCUUCAGCUUUGUGAUUGCUUCUCUGAUAUCCAUGUGAUGUGUAGGCGCUGCUGAAUAGCUACAGUCAAUUCUAUCAUUACUCCAAAUUAUGUACUUGGUUUAUGGGUUGGAAUAAAGAAGUCCCUAUUUUUCUUGUGACAGAUUCAAAUGUCUGAACUUUUCAAUCAUAUAUCCAUUGAUUGUCUGGUUGAGGAAACCGGUUAUGCAAAUUUACAGGAGAUUUGGUAAACCUUGACCAUGGUUACAGUCUUACAGAUGGGUUAAGUAAUGAUCUUUUGUAAUGAUAUUGUUGACGCAAUCAUCUUUAUUAUUCAGGUGAAUUGUUUAUUGCCA